AUGGCGGGGAACAAUGUGAUAGUCGGUCUGAGUGGCUGCUCUUCCAGCGGGAAGACGACUCUUGCCCGUCUAUUGAGGGACAUCUUUCCCAGUACCUUUAUCCUCCACGAGGACGACUUCUACAAGGCCGAGACCGAAUUGCCAAGCAAGGAUGGUCUUUUGGACUGGGACUGUCCUGAGUCGAUAUCUAUCCCAGACAUGGAAAAGGCUCUGGUUCAUAUCCGUGAAAAUGGAACAUUUCCACCUUUCGUAGACUCGAAAGAAGACCAAAACUCCGUCGGAAAGUGUCCAGUCUCGGACGACAAGAUCGCCGCCAUGAAAGUCAAGAUCGAAGCCUGGCUGCAGCCCGGCAAGCCGGGACACGCCAUCUUCACCGAGGGCAAGCUCAACGUCUGUCUCUUUGACGGCUUCCUCCUCUACUGCAAGGAGAUGGAGACGACGAUGGAGCUCAUCGACAUCAAGCUGUUCCUCCUCGUGAGCCGCGCCAAGGCGACGCAGCGGCGCGAGGCCCGCGAUGGGUAUGUCACCUUGGAAGGGUUCUGGCAAGAUCCCCCGGGGUACGUGGACAAGAUUGUCUGGCCCAACUACGUUGAGUCCCACUCGUGGCUAUUUGAGAAUGGGGAUGUAGAAGGGAAGUUGGAUGCGGAUGUAUUAAGUGAGAAGAACAUCAAGGCACAGGUCGGCAAGGGUUUGGAUAUUGAUAUGGAGACUACUUUGGAGUGGACUGUCGACACUAUCAUCACGGAGUUGGAAAGGCGUGCUUCUGAGAAGUCGUAA